UGUAUAAUUAAACAGUGAACUUCAAUUAAAGUGUUUAAUUCUAUAUAAAUACACUUGCUUUCCAGAUAUACGGUUAGUGUUUUGAUAUAUAGUUAAACGUCAUGACGAAUCGUAAAAAUAACACUGCAAUUCGUACAAAGAAGUCUACUAUUGAAGGAAAAGUAUUUGAAUUACGUGAAUCACCUUUAACACAACUUUCACACAGUGCACAUUUUGCUACAAUCAAAAACGUUUUCUACGCAACAUUAUUGGGGUUUAUUGUUAGAGAUGUUAUUUAUAGUUUUGUUUUAAAUCAAAAGGUUACUUACGGUUUAGAUGCAAUUCAACAUGGAUUUGUUAAACUUCCGACAAUGUUAAUGAUUUGGUGUAUUUUGUUUGGAUUAAACUUAUUGACUUAUUUCUCUUUCAAAUUAUGGAGUAAUUUAAGAAUGCAAUUUUCCACUAUACAUUGCACAAGUUUAAAUUGGAGAGUGCUAGCUUUGGAUUGUACCUUUUUUGUAACAUUUUUCUUGUACUUUAUAGGUACUUUAUGUCUGCUACCAUUUGUUAUAAGAAGCGUUACAUUCGGGAUGGCUGCUGCAUCCGCUUUGUGUAUGGAACAGAUUCGGUUGCUUAUGAAAUCUUAUGCUUUUAUACGAGUAAACGUGGCGAGCUUACUGAAUCAUAAAGAACAUAGCGAUCAAAUAUUAUUCCGACCUACUUUCGAACAUUAUUUGUAUUUUUCUUUCGCACCAACUCUUAUUUAUCGGCACGAAUAUCCGCGUACCACAACGAUUAAUUGGUUGUUUGUAAUUAAAUGUUUCUUUGACUUUUUUGCUUCCAUUUGGAUAGCAAGUUACAUAUUCGAAACAUUUUUUCUUUAUAGAAUACAUAAUAUUGAUAUAAGUAAAAAUUUCUGGAAUCAAGUUCUUCAAAUUAUUAUGGAUUCAGCAUUACCUGGUUUAAUUCAACUAGCAAUGCUUUCCUUUAUUUUCUUACAUUGUUGGUUAAACGCUUUUGCAGAAAUGUUACGAUUUGGUGAUAGACAAUUCUACACAGAUUGGUGGACCAUAACAAACUUUACAGCGUACUUUCGAAAAUGGAACGUAAUUAUUGGGGAUUGGCUCCACGAAUACGUCUACAAAGAUUUCCGCGAAAACAUAACGCCAAAUUCAAAAAGUAUAUCACGUAUCAUGGUUUUCUUAAUAUCAGCCGUUUUUCAUGAAUAUAUCAUGACAGUUAUUACCCAACAUUUUUUUCCUUUAAUGUUUGUAAUAUUAUUCCUUACUGGUAUAGCACUUCCCUAUCUCAACUUUAAACAUCCAAUCAUUAACAUUAUUUUCCUUUAUUGUACCGGAAUAGCAUGCGGAACACUUUUGAUAUUUUACACUGUUGAGUUUGUAGUUAACAGAAAGUGUUCGAUAACUGAAACUGGUGUGAUGAAUUAUUUGGUUCCUAAGAUUUUUAGAAAUGAAUGUGUUUAUGAAAUUAUGUUUAAAUAAAACGUGGUUAUAAAUGUU